AUGAGCACGUCAGACGAUAUCGAAAGACAGACAGUGGUCACAUCCAUCGAAAAUAAGGGAGAUUCACAACAAGAUCAAUCAGGCGCAAGUGAGCAUGACAAAGAAGAUCUGCUUCCAGUGGUAGACGACGUACCCUUCCCAGUAUGGCUGAUUGCGCUCGUGGGGGCCGCUGAGCGCUUUGUGUGGUACGGAGCAACCAGCCCUUUGCAGAAUUACAUCCAGCAUUCUCCCUUGAGCAACAUUCCCGGCGUACUCGGCCUGCGCGAAGCGACGGCGACCAACAUUGUAAACGCGAUGAUGGCUGGGGGUUAUCUCGCAACUAUCCCAGCAGCGGUGGUGGCUGACACCUGGCUGGGUCGGUACAGAACGAUUCUAAUCUCCGCUAUCAUCGAACUCUGUGGUUCGGUGAUUUUGUUCGCGACCUCCUGUCCUCGCGCCGCUCAAGUCGGUGCCGCGGAAGGUGGAUUAGCUACUGCCAUUGUGCUCAUCGCUGUAGGCUCAGGAGGCGUGCGAUCAUCCGUGGCUCCAUUUAUCGCGGAGCAGUAUACCGAAACAACUCCCAAGAUCAAGUUGCUAAAGAACGGAAGAAAGGUCAUUACGGAUCGAGAACUCACGAUCCAAUACAUCUACAAUGUAUACUAUUGGAUGGUGAAUGUCGGAGGACUAUCGGCCCUAAUCACCACGGUCCUGGAGAAGUAUGUUGGAUACUGGGUCGCAUAUUUGAUUCCCUUGUGCAUGAUGGCCCUGUCAGUUGUACCGUUGCUAGUGUGGCGACAUACAUUUGUUCGGCGCCCUCCAAGUGGCUCCGUCCUACCACACGCCAGCAGAGCAAUGGUGUAUGGAAUUCGCGAAGGGUUCCAGAUGGAUGGAGCUAAGCCACAGAAGCAACAAGAGAAGCACCAGAGACAGGUGCCAUGGACUGAUGCAUUCAUUGAUGAGUUAAAAAGUGGAUUGCUUGCAUGUCGUGUUUUUCUUCUCUUCCCCAUCCAUUGGUUGUGCCUGAAUCAAACCUUCAAUAACCUGAUCUCACAGGCCGGGCAGAUGGUCAACUCUGGGGUUCCAAAUGAUACUAUCAAGUCACUCAACCCAAUCUCCAGCAUAUUAAUGACACCAGUGAUCUCGCGGGGCCUAUAUCCAUUCCUGACCCAGCGCAGGAUCCGAUUUGGUCCUAUGGCCCGCAUUUUGGUCGGAUUCCUAUUUCUCACUCUUGCUAUGGUCUACACCGCGAUACUACAGAAAUUAGUCUAUUCCACGGGACCCUGUUACCAUCACCCACUUACCUGCCCGGAGUCGGACCAUGGCCGCAUUCCUAAUCAGAUCUCGAUGUUCCUGCAAACACCAACCUAUGUUCUUGGUGCGAUUGCGGAAAUUUUCUGCUUCACCACAGGGACAGAGUACGCCUACAAUCAAGCCCCGAAGACGAUGAAGUCAGUAGUUCAGUCAGUGUGGAUGGCCACGGCUGGGGUUGGGGCGUGCCUGGCCAUGGCGUUUACGCCCAUCACCAAGGACCCUUAUCUGGUCAUCCUGUAUUCGUCGUUGGCAGGCGUCAUGGCUGUAACAACGGUUUUGUUCGGCGUAUUCUUUGGAAAGCAUGAUCGGGUGAAGGCCGUCCUUCUGUGA